AUGUGGUCCUGGUUUGGCGGAGCAGCAGCCCAGAAGCGCAAGGAUGCGCCCAAGAAUGCCAUCCUGAUGCUGCGGGAGCAGCUGGACAUGCUACAGAAGCGGGAGAGACAUCUGGAGAAUCAGAUGGAGGAGCAGGAGGCGAUAGCGAAGAAGAAUGUUGCGGCAAAUAAAACUGCUGUUGCGAAAGCGGCUCUUCGGAGAAAAAAGGUCCACGAGAAGAACCUUGAACAGACGACGGCGCAGAUUACCCAGCUCGAACAGCAGAUUUACUCCAUCGAAGCGGCGAAUAUCAACCAGGAGACUUUGAAUGCGAUGAAGGCGGCUGGUUCUGCCAUGACACAGAUUCACGGUUCUAUGACGAUCGAUAAGGUUGAUGAGACGAUGGAUCAACUCCGAGAACAACACCAACUCAGCGAGGAAAUCGCCCAGGCUAUCACCAGCCAGUCCGUGGGCGAACAACCAGACGAAGACGAGUUGGAUGCCGAACUCGAAGGAUUGGAGCAGGAGGCUAUGGAUGAGCGUAUGCUCAAGACAGGAACAGUGCCUGUGGCCGACCAGAUCAAUCGGUUACCUGCUGCCGCAAAUGGAGAGCCCAAGGACAAAACGAAGCAAGCCGAGGAAGAAGACGAGGAAGCAGAGCUCGAGAAGCUCCGUGCAGAAAUGGCCAUGUGA